CAUUUUACCGGAAGUGCACAGUUGACCUGACACCGUAAAGUAAACAAAAUGGUGGUGUUAUGGAGUGCAAUGCCUGUAUCAGCGAAGCAGUUAGAAAAUUUCAAAUACAUCAAACGAAUUAUUUCGCCUCUGUAAAGUUAUCUAUCUGAACGUGGUGACUGGAAAGAUGGCCAGUAAAUCUGUUCCAACUCUUGAACUUUCAACUGGUAGGCAAGGGUACCAGCCACCGCUAUCACUAUGGCAACUAGUGGAGGAGCUUGUUAGUUCCCAUGAGCAAGAGGAAAUUAAGAGGAUAUUGGGAGAAUCCCUUAUUGACCAGAGUAUUGAACUUCAUGAGGAGGUGUCUACACUGAUGUCCAUCUGGCAUGACUAUAAAAUGGAGACACGUGAGAGUGAACCUCCUAAACCUCUCCCAGAACCGCCACAACAACGAGAAAGACUCAUACAAGAAAUCAGUUUCUUUGUUGCAAAUGUCAAAGAUAAAGCCAAUAGCACGGGAAUAGAUCAUGAACACUUAUUCUCCAGCCAUAACAGCUGUGUCAUUGAGUAUGUCUUGGAAACUAGCCGUCACUGUUCAAAUGCUCAUCUGAGAUCACCAGUGACUGAUGAAACCACAUCCAGAGUUAUCUCCCCACAGAACAGUAUACCAUUCCAAGACUUAGGUGAAGAGAUGCUGAGAAUGAGAAACAAGCUGAACUAUCUACAGCUGGAUGAUGUUGUGCAACAUCUUAGGUUGAGUCUGCAGGAUGAAAUAGAGCAGUUGUUACAAGACAUCACCUUUCUUCAGCACCAGAUAGAUGAUGAAGUUUCCAUUCGAAUGACUGGGAGACCAACAAUUGCAAAAGAGCCCACUCUCACGGAACUAAAAGAGGAAAGGGCUGCCCUGGAGAAAGAGCUUCUGACCCACGCCACGGUUCCUGCUUCUCUACCAAACAGACCUACUUUUGUACCCAAACCACACUUUAGGCUGCAGUCUACAAGUACUAUGGCUUGCCCGUCUCAACCCAUCAAGAAGGCAGGGAAAGUUCUGUUUUCCUCCAGGGAUUGUAAGUGGAAAAAUAUACCCGGUAUACCAGUGAAGGCUCAAUACGAAGAAAACUCCAAUGCUGGAGUAGCAUGUUCAUCUGCAAGCCCAGACUGUGGAACUUCUUCUCCAGUAUCACUAAGGGACAUAACAGUAUUGGAUCGACCAAUAAGGAAAAGGUCUGUUAGUCCUAGUCGUGUGAAGGUUAUACCAGUAGACCGGCUACCCUCGCCACAAGCAUCCCCUCUCAGUGAGGCAAAGUACAUUCCAACUCCACCAACAAAACAAGUAGUUAACAGACCAAGCUCAGCUGACAGAUUUCGCAAGUUGGUUUUAGACUGUCGUGAUGGACCAUAACGGAUGUAUUGCCUCCCAUGUGUACCAGCUGUUUGACAUUAUGCAUUACUCUAUUUUGAAUCAUUUUGAUCUUAUCUUAUGCUGAUACCAAAGGUUAUAAGGUCACCUUCUGUGUAUGACCGAGGGCAUAUUGGGUCAUGGCAUUAAAUGUUGUCAUUCACUUACUUUAAAAAAAAGGUUAAUGCCAAAUAUGACAUAUGAUACAUCUUUUCCAAUGUCUAAUACAAGUAUUGGCCUUAACAUCAUCAAAAUAAGAAAAAUAAGUAUGAUACUAGGUAAGCUCUGAGGGGAAUCUGAGCCAAACUAUAAUUGACUGAGUUGAUGGAGUUGGAUGCUGAUUAGUCUCCAACAUAAUCACCUCCUUGGUCCCCUGCUGGGAAAACAGAGUACAGCAAGACAGAAGCGUAUCUUUCCGGAACCAGUGUCAAUCCAAAAUUGAUGCAAAAGUGUAGAUAGGCAAUAUGUCUGUGUUACAAUAAAACUAAUUCAAACACA